GAGCAGUCGGGGUGGGAGCUCUCGGUACUUUUCUCUUAUUGCUCAAAUCCACCCGGACAGACUGCACGGAAAUGUCGGGGACUCUGCGCGCGCAGCUUUGUUUCCUCCUGUUGAGCGUCACGGCUCUCCGAGGACGCGCGCGCUUUCUGGACAUCCAGGAUGAUGAGAUGAGCCCGGAAGGAUUAUUAUCUUUGCUGAGUUCUGAACUCAAGAGAGAUUUACCUGAGGAGUUUGUGUACCGCCGAGCGCUCCGAUGUCUGGACAUGGUGGCCAUAGAGGGUCAGUUCACAUUUACAGCAGAGCGGCCACAGUUAAACUGCGCCGUGUUCUUCAUCGGGGAGCCCAGCGACAUCAUCAGUAUUGAGUACGACUCUGUCAACAUCGACUGCAGAGGUGGAGAUUUUAUAAAGGUGUUCAAUGGAUGGGUGAUGAAGGGUGAAAAGUUUCCGAGCACGCAGGAUCAUCCUCUUCCUCUGUAUGAGCGUUACUCUGACUACUGCGACACCGGAGCGGCUCAGCCGAUCGUGCGCUCUUCUCAGAACGUGGCGAUGCUGUUCUUCAGACUCCACCAAUCAGGGAGCAGCUUCACAAUAACGUUCCGCAAACUCAUCAAUCCAUUCCCUUGUAACGUCGUCUCUCAGACCCCAGAGGGUAGUUUUACUAUGGUAAUUCCUCAGCAGCACAGGAAUUGCAGUUUCUCUAUAAUCUAUCCAGCGGAGAUCCAGAUUGGAGAACUCAGUCUCGGCCAACACAACGAUCUCAAGAGGUCCAUUCUCAGCUGCGCAAAUUCUGGAGACUUUGUUGAACUUCUGGGAGGAAACGGUAUGGACACGUCCAAGAUGUUUCCCAUUGCAGAUAUCUGUUACUCAUUCAAUGGACCUGCUCAACUCAAGGUUGGAUGUGACAACACCGUGGUCAGAAUGGUGUCGAGUGGGAAGUUUGUAAAUCGAGUCAGUUUCCAAUAUCGGCUACUGGGACACCAAGAACUUCAGCAAAUGAAGGGCAACAGCGUUGAAGAUGUAUGUUUAAGACCAUGAGACGUUCCUUUUCAUUCUCUCUCUUUCCUGCUCCUGUUAGGAGGGGAUGCCAAACUAACCCCAGUUUGAUAUUUUAAAGCCUUUGGGCCCUUAUUGUACAUUUUCCAAAGGAAAUUAUUUAUUUUUUGGCUCAUCUUUUCAUUUCACUCCUCUGUUCUUUUUAAACUCAUAAACGUGUAAAACCUGUGGCUGACGUUAAAUAAAGUAUGUACUUGUGUUGGUGCA